AGAGGAGAGGGAAAAGGGUCCUUUUAACACUGUCGUUUUUCUCCCUCUCUCAUCCACUCUCCACGUGGCACUUCCACUCUCCAAAAUAUCCUAUAUAUAAUAAAAACCUCCCCACACAUUUCCACUACAGCUUCUCUCUCUUAGCCGCCGGCAUGAAGGUUCAAUCCUGGUUCUCAACCUGCUCCUCCUCCACAUGCGCCACCGCCACGGCCGCCAUCGAAACUCUUCCGUCUUCCGAAUCCGACACAACUCCGACCUCGUACUCGUCGAACUCCAGCAGUAACACAUGCAGUCCCAGCCUCCACAGCAACCUCUCUCUCCAAACUCUCCCCUCCGUACCUUCUCUCCAGGACCUCUCUCUAGACCUAAACCUCGCCGUCUCUCACCUCUCCCUCGCCUCCCUCAGCCCGCGUCAGCCGUCGAAUCUCCCGAUCACCUGCCUCGCCGUCCACGGUUGCCUCCUCUACGCUGCCUCCGCCCACGAAAUCAACGUCUACGAUCGAGCUGAGAGAUCAGAGAGCUCGCCCUCGUCCUCGUACUCGUCCUCGUCCCAUCUCGACGCCUUCAACGGCCGAGAUUGCUCCACGGGCUUCGUCAAGGCCGUCGCCUUCUGCGACGGCAAAGUGUUCACCGCCCACCAGGACUGCAGAAUCCGAGUAUGGCAAAUGACGUCAGGAAAACGUCACAAGCUUUUGACUAGUCUCCCCACCGUCAAAGACCGUUUGGGCCGUUUCGCUCUCCCCAAGAACUACGUCAACGUCCGCCGUCACAAGAAACGGCUCUGGAUCGAGCACGCCGACGCCGUCACCGGCCUCGCCGUUAAUAACGGUUUGAUCUAUUCGGUUUCUUGGGAUAAGAGCUUGAAGAUAUGGAGGGCUUCCGAUCUCCGUUGUCUUGAGUCCGUUAAAGCUCACGAGGACGCCGUUAACGCCGUGGCCGUUUCCGCCGACGGAACCGUUUACACCGGGUCUGCGGAUAAGCGGAUUCGGGUUUGGGCAAAACCGGCCGGCGAAAAGCGUCACGCGCUUAUUGCGACUCUGGAAAAGCACAAAUCGGCGGUUAAUGCUCUGGCCCUAAACGACGACGGAUCGGUGCUGUUUUCGGGUUCUUGUGACCGUUCGAUUUUGGUUUGGGAGAGAGAGGACAGUGCGAACCACAUGGCGGUGACCGGCGCGUUGAGGGGGCACGGAAAAGCCAUACUCUCUUUAUUCAACGUCUCUGAUUUGUUGUUGAGUGGGUCAGCUGAUCGGACGGUUAGGAUCUGGCGACGUGGGCAAGAAGGGGGGUACUGUUGUUUGGCUGUUUUGGAGGGUCACGCGAAGCCGGUCAAAUCGUUGGCAGCGGUAAGGGAUGGUGAUUCAAACGGCGUCGUAACGGUGUUUAGUGGGGGCUUGGAUGGGGAGGCUAAGGUGUGGAAGGUCUCAGUUUCGAGACUUCGCAAGUAAAGUUAAUUGGACAAAAUUGAUUUAUAAAUGUAAUAUUUUCAUGAAAAUAUACACAACCCCAUAGCUUCUUCGUGACUGUUGCAGGAUUUUUAUGCAUGAUUUUUUUAGAUAGAUGUCAAAAAAAAAAAAAA